AUGCAGCCAGAGAUGUAGUAGGGUUGUAAUAGCAUUCUUCCUUCCUUCAAUCCUGCAGACAUUUAAGCCAUUGGGCUUCAAUGUCCACUAGAGGGGGUAUAAAGAUGGUGUUAUAGAUUUAGUCAACACCACUAACUAUUCCGUCUGUUCAUGUCAGUCACUUGCUGUCAUAACGCAAGCUUGAAAACACUUCCUACCUGGCACACCAGGCAAGCAAAAACAAGUGUGCCUAGGGAGAGUUUGCAGUACAGAGGCAAUGGUCUGUUUAUGUUCGAGGCCUGUAUGAGCUGAGGACUAUCACUGUUUAUGUUUAGGCUUUACAAUGGCCAGUGAGGGAGUUUCAAGUACAGUGUCCAGCAAGACAGGUGAGCUACUGGGUUGUGUGUCAGGUGUCUCAGGCUCAUGUGACACUGGGCAGAGUUGUGAAUGUGAGCCAGAUGUGUGUGAGCCUCCAUCUCUGGAGGAGCUGGAGGAGGUGCUACAUUCAGCCCAGAGCUCCUGUAGGCACGGAGACGAGGUGUGGCCCAACCUAUACCUGGGGGAUAUGUAUAUGUCUCAUAACAAGUAUGAGCUGUGGAAGUUGGGCAUCACUCAUGUCCUGAAUGCAGCCCAUGGUAAGAUGUGUUGUAAAGGCAGUGAUGAUUACUACGGUACCACAGUCAGCUAUUACGGUGUUCCUGCCAAUGACCUACCCACCUUUGACCUCUCACCUUUCUUUCACCCUGCUGCUCAGUUCAUCCACCAGGCAUUAAAGUCAGGAGGCAAGGUGUUAGUGCACUGUGCUGUAGGAGUGAGUCGGUCGGCUGCGUUGGUCCUAGCCUUCCUCAUGAUCCAUCAUCAUCAUCCUCUGCUGGCAGCCAUCCGGCUGGUGCAGCAAAAACGAUGGGUGUUCCCCAACAGAGGCUUCCUAAUGCAGCUUAUUAACCUGGACUACACUCUUCACAGAGAGAGAAGGGACUGAAUACACACACACCAGACCUGGGAUAACUAUAGUUUUGAAUAUUAUUUGUGGAAAGUAACUAUACCUGUGACUAUAGAUCCCAAAAAAUGACUACUUUUUUAAACUAUUUGAAUACAGAUCUCAGAAAGUAACCACUCUUUAACUAAUGGUAGGGUUGUAUCUGGAACAUAAACUAUUGGAUUAGCUACCUUCAACUAAAAGCAUGGCUGUAUCAGGUAAUGCAUGUUGCAGAUAGAAAUAGAAUGAAUAGAGCAAACACAAUUCCCUACACUAUUCAAAUCUAUCUUGCAGUCGAUCAUAGUUGUUGUACAUAAUGCAUUUAUAUCUGAACAUUCUGUACAUUUCCAUUCACCUGAACAGGCCCCAGGUGUAGAAAAUCAAGUCAAACCAAUGAUAUUUUGUACAGAUAAAUAUAAAUAAGUUGUGAUGCUCAACUACAUAUCCUCUGGCGUGUUGAUUUUAAUGUGUUGAUGUUCUCUUUAUCCAUAACCAGAAUGAUUUUGCAGCGCAUGGUGAUCAAACAGGUUUCAUGUUAUAUUCAGAGGUGUAGAGAGGGUGAAGUUUAUGAAUCCCCCAAAAAUGUAAUUAUACAGAUAUUAUACAAAAAUGCACACAACAGUAUUCAUAACUUCUUUUUUUUUUGAGUGUAUGACUCUUUAAAACAUGGAACUGGGAAGGUCAAAAGCUGCAAUUAAUUUUAUUAUUCCAUAAAAUAAUUCAAAGCCAUUUGUAAACAUUGCAAACGGGAAGUU